UUGCACAUCUGGCAUACCCCUCGCGAAACGGUUCUCAUUCGCGCUUAAAUAUGUUUACACUACAAAAUAUGGCGAAAUACAAUACUCUUUUUUUCCCAAUUAUCUUAUAUAUCCUAGCCGUUUUUAAUAUAAUGGACAGUUUAAGGAACCCAACCUUGUUAUACUUAAUAAAUAUAAAUUGUCUUUUUAGCCCUCUAAUGUGUUCCCUGUGUAGCAGGGAUAUGUUGUUACACCAGAUUAUAAAUCUUUUUUUUUUUUUUUUGUUAUUUUAUAUGUAUUAUUUGUUUUUAUCAUUAUUUGUUUUGGGGCAUUUUAUUUUGAAAACUUUGCGUGCUACUAUUAAAUAUCAGUAUGUACGUUGGCUGACGUCAUACGUAGGUGAGAGGUUCAAAUCGCAGCGCAAUCGGAAGUUCGUCCUCUCUCCUGCAAAGACACUAGAGACCAGAGGCACUGAAAUUAAAUCACCUUUGGUAAAAACCAGCUUUGUGUGGAAAAUCCUUUUUAUUACCAUCAAAAAUCAACACAAUGCAGAGGAACAACCGCUACAAAACUGGUGCCGUGACCCAUUGAAUGGUUGAUCGUUGUCGACCCCCGGGAUUGCUGACGUGGAGUGUGACUGGCGAUAAGGGGAGCUGGAGGAGGAGACUGCUGACAUACUGUGUUGCGGGAAUUCAAUGCUAAAGACACAGUGGGUGAAGUACAGACUGUUGCACUGGUGAGUUGUGACUAAGCUGGAUCGAGUGAGCAGCGUGCUGGAUCAUCGGAGUGUUGCCACCUAACCUGUUUUGACUGAACUGCGUGAAUGAAGGUACUUUGCAUCAUCAAUUGACUGUUUUUUGUUUUGUUUUUUUUUAUUGGAGGACUAUAAAACAGAAGUGAAUUGUGUAUUAUAUGAGGUUUAAGAACUUUUUUUUUUUUUUUUCUUUUUCUUUGACUUUUCUGAGUUAAAACGGGUUAUUACCAUUGAUUUAUUUGGUUUGUUAAUAUUUUUGUGUUUUGAGAGUGUAUUCUGACGUCUGAGGGGAAUGGCUGCUAAACGAAGCGAUUUGGGGUGGGACAAUACAUUUACAGCUGGUAGAGGGCGGGGGCAGUCUUCUGAAUAAGCCUGACAAAACAAGGCUGUUUGAGGAUCCUGAGUACUGUAGUACAGGAUGGGGUAGGACAGUCAGUGUUUCCACCGAUGAGAGAAUUGAAAUGUGUGGUAGUCCAAUCGCUGCAGCCAGUAACUAUGAGUUCGCUCCUCGGGAGUCAGAAAUGUCUGGUCAAAUGAGUAACCUCGUAAAACAAAUUGGUAUUGAGAUUGGGCAAUCAAUUAGAGAAAGUAUGAUGAGGCCUGAUUUUUCAUAUUAUCUAUCCGCAAGGAAGUUCCAAGAAGGUGUCAGUGGUCAUGGUACUGACCCAUCAAAUUCUACUGUCAUUGAUGUGUCAAAAAUGAACUUGAUCCUGAAAGCUGAGGUGUCCGCACCACCACACUUUAGAGGAGAUAGUUCAGACAAAUACUCAGUCAUGGAAUGGGAAGACAUGAUGAGGGUAUAUUUGAACAAACUUGAUGUGACGGAUUCUGAAAUGGUUGAUGAGAUAAUGAACAGAGUUAUGGGGCAGGCCAGAGAUGUAAUGAGAAUAUGGCUGUGCAAUGGUUCAACAACUCCUACUGUUGACUCUGUAUUUUCUGUUUUGAAGCAGCACUUUGGGGACCAGAGCAGUUCGGGUAUUCCAUUGGCUGACUUCUAUUCUGUGAGACCAUAUCCCAGCGAGAGCGCUUGGGAUUUUUGGAUAACACUAAACAAGGCAGCAGAUGUAGAUGAGCAAAGUUUAAGAUGGGAAGGCAGAUCUCUGGAUAACAGGAGCAAAGAGGUAGCAGUUAUGUUCAUUCGUAACUGCCCUGACAAAGAGUUAGCUUUCGUUUUCAAGAGUAAACAUGUACAGUCAUGGAAUGCAUCUGAGGUGCAAGAGCAGCUUGACGAGUUAAGAGAACGGAAGUUGACAAAUCACGCUGUCAAACAAUUCACCACGGUUGUCUCAGAGCCAGACGUUGAUGUGUCUGUCUCGUCUUCUAAGUCUGAACAGGGUGUGGGCGUAGCUGACGAGAACGCAUUGGACAAAGUGUUGUCUUUGCUUGAAAAAGCGUUAGUGUGCAGCACUCAGCCUGUGCGAGGCCCCUGGCCUAAACGGAUGGGCAAUAAGAUACAAGAAUGCAGAGACAAAGUUGAGCUUCAGGGGAUGUUGGACAGUGGCUCCAUGGCGACCACUCUGAGUGCGGAAGUAGUUCCUCAACUUGGAGACGCUGGGGUGCUGGACCAGGAUAUCCUGAGCUCUUCAGAUAUUGUCUUGGUGGGUUGUGGUGGCAAACAAACUACUCCGGAUGGUAUGUGCAAUCUGAAGCUUGAAGUAUACGGGGCACAGUUUGGACUGUGGCGAAGCGAAGGGUUUUUGUCAUUGUAUCAGAGUUACAGAUGA